AUGAAUUCCAAUCAACAAGAAGGUAGCUCUUUAUUGAAAGACUUGGAGAGAAUCAAAAAAAAAACUAGGAUUUCUAAUAAAAUAAUAAAUGGUUAGUUAGAUAAAAUUAUAGCAGAAAUUGAAGAGGCAAAAGUAAACAAUGAUUACUCUUAAUUAAAAGACAAAUUACAAGUAUUAAUAUUGAUUAAGAAAGAAUUAAAAACCAUUAACAAAAAUUAAAUAAACAAAUAAUGAAUGCUAUGCUUAUUUUUCGAAGAUGGGUAAAAACAUGGAUAAAUUAUUUAAAAACAAUUUAUAAUAUGGCCAAGAACAUGUUGAAUUGGAUUCGAAGGUGUUAACAGAAGUAAAAAUUACAAUUAUGGAUUAAGCUAAUAAAGAAUCAUCUUCUAAGAGAUGGAGAGUUUGAGGCUUAUGAGUUAUUAGUUAAAGAAUCAGACUCAAAAGAAUCACAUUUUCAUUAAUUCUUUGCUGAAAUCUUGACCAUAGUUCAGGAUCUUAAACAGAGAAAGUUAGAUCCUGCUAUCCUAUGGGCAGAAAAAAUGCAUAAAAAGUCUCCUAACAUACUCCUUUAUGAAUUGUUGAAAUAAAGAGUAUUUCUAAUAAUUAUACUUCUAGGCAAUAUAAUUAGUAUAAACUGAAGGUAUUAAUGCAGCUAUUCAUUUUAUGAGAAAUAGUGUUUCAUUUUAAGAAUAAGCUCAAAGUAGAUUAUACGAAAUUUGCUUAAUUACUUAUUCAGUGCUUAUAUGGCCAAAUGUAGAAAAUACAAAAUACUAAUAUCUAUAUGAUGAUGAGAAAAAUUGGCCUAGAAUUCUGAAUCUAUUUUUGGAAGUCGCUUCGAAAACUUAAAGUAUUUAAAAAAUUGAUUCUAGGUAUUUUGACUAAAUCAGAAAUUAGAACUGUGUUUUCAGCUGGCUGUUUAGCAAUGCCUAAAUUAAUCAAAUAUAACUAAAUUACAAGAAGUAAUAAAAUAGAAAUAAUAAAAAAGAUAGAUCAUCUGAAGUUCUUACAAAUGAUAUCCCAAUAGAUAUUGAAAUUGGAAAGGAUUAUAAAUAUCAUUCAUUCUUUGUAUGUCCUGUCUCUAGAGAAGUCACUAAUACUGAUAAUCCUCCAGUGUUGUUAAAGUGUGGCCAUGUCAUUUCUAAAUUAUCAGCUCAUAAAAUGAUUGCAAACAAAUAAAAAUUCAAAUGUCCAACCUGUCCUGUUGAAACCAAAGGGGUUGAAUUACCUGAACUUAUAUUUAUUUGAUAAAUA